GUUUUUUCUCCAGAAGUCCCUGCAGGCGAGGAAGCAGCUUAGAGCCCAGCGAGGGCCAGAUCCGCAGGGAGCAUGGGAGCCAGCCUCUCCUGGAGCGUGGAGGUAAAUGACCUGAGGAAUUCCUGGUUUUUAAAAAGACUCCUUUAAAAAAAAGAAAAGAAGGAAACUUUGCUUCCCGCCCACCUCCCUUUGCAGGGUAACCUGAAACUCCCCCCUUUUGAAUAAGGCAGGACCUUCCUAGGCUGGGCAGACAAGCUGAGAAGCCAGCUCUGUCCUUGCUGGCUGAGGAAGGAGGCUUCAGACAGGUGGGUUUCUGUCCGCAGGUGCAGAGCAGAUAUUCUGUUGCUGCUGAAUUAGAAUUUGAGCCGGAAUCUCUGACCCUUUCCCUUCCUUUUCCCACUGGAAUUGCGUUUUUGCGGUUUGUUUCCAAGCCCCUCCACCGAUAGGUUUGGAGCGUGGAGGGGAAAAUCUCAGACCCAGUGGCCCUCGAGAUAUCUCCGUCUGGCCCCCGGGGACUCUCCCCAGGUCAUACGCCCCCUCCUGAGCAGCAGCCCUUUUACCAACUAUGCUUUGCACCCUCCUCGAUUCAUGGAAUCAGAAGGGGCCACGAGGGUCGUCUAGUCCAACCCCUGCAAUGCAGGAAUCUUUUGCCCAACGUGGGGCUUGAACCCAUGAACCUGAAAUUAAGAGUCUCAGGCUCUGCCGACUGAGUUUUUGCAUGUCUGGAAUAUGGCAAUGCCUUUUGCUUGCUUGGAUAGAGGACAGAGGGCUGGGGGUGAGUGAAGGUGUAGCAACAAACCUCGUGUACAGUGGCGAAAUUCGCACCCGCUACUUGCCCGCAUUUUUUCUCUGGCAGCUCCCACUGCUGGAAUGUGGCCCCCAGAAAGUUGCUAAGAAUGGGAAGUGGCCCUUGAGCUGGAAAAGUGUUCCUGUCCCAGUUUUAGAAAACCGGGAUCAUGUUGCUUUGACAUCUGUAAGCUGCUUCCAGCAGCCCUUUCGUGGGGGGGGGGGAUACUUUUAAAAAAUGUAAUAAUAAAUACAAGUCGUCGCCAGGGCUGUCUGCCCUGAUCUGCUGCUUUUCCUGCAGAAAAUCUCACCCGCCUCCUUUUUGCACCCAGAGGUGCUGUUUGCAGCAAAUGUGUUUGGGGAGUUUGCACCUCCUCUUGAGUAAGUGGCUUUGCACGAUGUCUCCUCGCUCAUCUAACACUCUGCUUUUCAUUCCUUUGCUCAGAGCAGAUUGCAGGGCUGGACUUUGCCCGCUCGGCAUCUAAUAAGGCCGGGUUCGAGUUCUGGCAGGGGUGAUAUAGCCUCUGCCUUGUGAGUAGGGCUGCCGGGUUUGUUCUUCCGCAGAACUCCCAGGUCUUUGAAAACUGCAUGGCAGGUUUGGACUGAGCGAGCGAAGCGGUUGCUGUCAUGCUGUGCCUGUUGUCCCGCCUAACCUCUGCUUGUUGUGGAGCAGUUAAAGGCAUGGGAGCUCUGCUUCCCCUGAGAAGCUGGCAACCCAACCCUCCCAUUUGUGAGAAUUGGGGUCUGAGAAUCAGGGCCCCCCCCCUUAAACUUUGCCUGCAUGUUGGCACAAGCAAAUUGUCGAGAGCUGCCACUGGCACAGUUGUUGGCAGAUUCACACAUACACACUUCACCAGUGUUAGUUCCAACGCUUGAGACUGCGCCUUAGUUGCGGGGGCAGUGCUCUUUAGAUUGUGGGAUGUGUUUGGCCCAAGCUGCACACCUGUUAAGUUUGGGCCUGGAUUCCCUUAAAAGCUGCUGGAAAGAUCUGUUUCGAUUUCCGAAGGCAGCAAAAUUUUUAAAGGGACUUGAUGGGGCUCUGUGUUCAAGAGACUGCCUUUGAAAAGUGUUCAGAAACAUUAGCUAGUCCAGAGCAUGGUGGCAACUGGAAUUGGCUGCAUCCGUUUUUCAAAGGGUUAUACUGGCUUCAAUUUAGCUUUCAAGAUUCGGUAUUUAAAUCCCAGUACAGCCUGGGACCAGGAUACCUAUACAGGGAAGUUUCUAAUGUUUGAUGUUUUACUCUGUUUGGUGUUUUAAUUUGUUGGAAGCCGCCCAGAGUGGCUGUGGUAACCCAGUCAGAUUCAUCAGGGUUCAACUUAUAUCCUUGCGUUCCUAUUUUAGGAGACUGGUUUAUUUUGAUUUUUAAGGACCCUUAGACAACCCUUUGCAGAUCAACCUGCAGUUUUUGAGGAGGGGGAGUGUAUUUGCAGUUCUGUAUGGUUACGUCGUGAGCAUGGAAUUGGGCUAUUUGAGGGGCAUCGCUUGUCUGAAAGGGUGGGUGGUUCUGGGGACGAAACUGCUUCUGUGGCUUUGGAGUGGAAUAAUUGGUCAGCUUUGCUUGUACCCCAUAGAAUACCUUUGCUUAGAAGGAGAGCUAUUCCCAGGGGGAAUGGUGCAACGAGAUAAACAAUUGCAUCAGGAGCAAUGAUGGGUUGUGUACAAAACAGAGGAAAGGUAUUUUUGCUACUGGAGCAGAACAGAUGCUCAUGGGGCCUACAGAACAACCCUGGUUCGACUUCAAUCCCCAGAUCUUCACAGUGUCCCUGUUUUCCAGGGACAGUCCUGGAUUUCCAGAAGCCAUCUUGGUUUCUGAUUUGAUUCCGGAAUGUCCUGCUUUUCCUUCUUGUUGUUGUUGUUUAGUCAUUUAGUUGUGUCCGACUCUUCGUGACCCCCUGGACCAGAGCACGCCAGGCCCUCCUGUCUUCCACUGCCUCCUGCAGUUUGGUCAAACUCAUGCUGGUAGCUUCGAGAACACUGUCCCACCAUCUCGUCCUCUGUCGUCCCCUUCUCCUUGUGCCCUCCAUCUUUUCCAGGGAGUCUUCUCUUCUCAUGAGGUGGCCCAAAGUACAGUAUUGGAGCCUCAGCUUCAGGAUCUGUCCUUCCAGUGAGCACUCAGGGCUGAUUUCCUUCAGAAUGGAGAGGUUUGAUCUUCUUGCAGUCCAUGGGACUCUCAAGAGUCUCCUCCAGCACCAGAAUUCAAAAGCAUCCAUUCUUCGGCGAUCAGCCUUCUUUAUGGUCCAGCUCUCACUUCCACAUCACUACUGGGAAAACCAUAGCUUUAAGUAUACGGACCUUUGUUGGCAAGGUGAUGUCUCUGCUUUUUAAGAUGCUUAAGUUUGUCAUUGCUUUUCUCCCAAGAAGCAGGCGUCUUUUAAUUUCAUGACUGCUGUCACCAUCUGCAGUGAUCAUGGAGCCCAAGAAAGUAAAAUCUCUCACGCCUUUUCCUUAGGAUGCCCCUAUCUUCAUUAGAGAAAUGUUGGAGGGUAUGCAAUCCUUGGUAGCUUCAGUUGGAAGGAUUAGAGAAUGACCUCCAUGAGACCCCGGGGAAUUGCUGCCAGUCCGAGUAGACAAGAUUGGAUCCAGUAGGGACUGGUGCCCAUUGCAACUGGUGGGCAAGGAGACCAACAGAAGUUGAAGCCAGACCCAUUGGCGGGCAGAGACACCCCUUGCCUGGCGUCACACAGGUGAGGGCGGACUGAGGUUCCUGGGGCAGCAAGCAGUUCAGCCUAAUGGACCAGCCUCCAUGGAUAGGAUUAGAAUCAGGAGUGGGGAACCUUUAGCCCUCCAGAUGUUGAACUACAGCUCCCAUGCACCCUGGGUGCCUGGCUUGCUGGGGCUGAGAUGAGCAAAUAAUCUGACCAGCCAUAGUGGUAGUUUUCUGUGUUUCUAAAUCCACCAUCGUUUACCAUCUCAGGGAUAGCUCAGAGCUCAGCAGCAGAGGCACACGCUCUCAUAAAAUCCCAGGUUCAAACCCAAGCCUCCCCCGGUUGAGCAAAAAAAGAACCCAAGAAGCAGGAUAUUUGCAAGAGACUUUGGCUGGCGAGAUUUCUCGCAGGGCUGGGCUGGAACUGCCAGGCUGUUAAGGCAGUUUUGCAUUUAUGCAAAUAGAUGUGUACGGCACCGAUAUUCAAGAGAUUGUGCCGCACUCCUUGGCUUUCAUUUGCAAAAUUCUGCCCGAAGCCUGAUUUGCAUGGUAAAAUAAGGACAUGAAUGCCGACUUGCUCAGUUUGCAUAACAGGUUCAGGUUGCAGGCUGUGAUUUUAAUAAUAAUAAUAAUAAUAGUUGCUGGGUUUAUUUAUCUUUCUUUUACACCCUGAAAAUGCAGAAAUCUCUGAAGAAAAUAACCAGGUAAAAAGGUAAAGGGACCCCUGACUGUUAGGUCCAGUCGUGGCCGACUCUGGGGUUGCGGCGCUCAUCUCACUUUAUUGGCCGAGGGAGCCGGCGUACAGCUUCCGGGUCAUGACUAAGCCGCUUCUGGGGAACCAGAGCAGCGCACGGAAACGUCCUUUACCUUCCCACCGGAGUGGUACCUAUUUAUCUACUUGUGCUUUUGAACUGCUAGGUUGGCAGGAGCAGGGACUGAGCAACGGGAGCUCACCCCGUCGCAGGGAUUCGAACCGCCAGCCUUCUGAUCGGCAAGUCCUAGGCUCUGUGGUUUAACCCACAGCGCCACCCGCAUCCCUAUAAGUUAUCAAGGCCCAUGCUCGUCAAUGUUGGCACCCGUCUGUCUCGAGAAACAAUGGAGUGUGCCUCAAGGGGUGAAGCCAAACCAGAGAAGCUUUGGGGACUGAUGGGAAUUAUAGUCCAAAAGAAGCUGGAGGGCAGCAGCUGAGCGAAGGCUGCCUUAAAAAUCAUGGCUUUCAAACUGGUUUCAAGGCCUGACAUUUGCAGUUUCUGGCUGAAUCCCCACCAAUGAAUAACUAGUGUUUUCGGACCCUCCCACGUCGAAUUUCUUUUGCCAGUAGCAUACCAGGAGGUGAGAGGUGCAACGCUGCGUUUCAGCUUCUUUAUGCCAAGUUAAUAGCAAAUCCGUAAUGCGUUCGCCGUCCAGGGUCGCUGGGGCUACUGUGGGGAGAUUUGACCUUCUUACAUUAGGUAUGAUUUGCAAAUAAACUGCUCCGUCCUGCAAGACCCUGGGCGUUCGGGUGUGGGUAUUCCCCUCGCCCUUUGUUUUUUAAGCAGGUGCAAUCAGAUUGUGUUCCGAAGAGCUAUUUGUGUUCUUAUAUAUUUGGCCGUCCCCCAGAAGCACAAGGGGGGAGCAAAUCUCGACAAGGAAAUUGGCGUUUGCCGUGGAGGCAGGUAUGUGUGACGAAUGAAAGUGGAACGGGUGCCAGGCUCACCUACCAGGUACCAAAGUUGAAAAAUACGAAUCUGUCUUUUGAGGAACACUCUGUAUUCCUCCUCUGUUUACAGCCCUUCUGGAGGGAAAGAUACGCUUGGAAACGCAUGGGCAACAUCAGCUGGAAUAUUGGAAUCCAGCCAGUUGAAUACAAUUUCCACCCAGGAAGGACUUUGUUGUUGUCCUGCACAGUUUCCUGUCGCUUCUUGGGACUAGGAAAACCGGAGUAAAUUUUACAAACUAGUUAUAAGGCCCACCACAAAAUAUUCCACCUGACCACCCAAUAUUCUUUGGCUAUUGAGCAUGUUAAGAUUACCCUGGACUUUUUUGGAGGGCGGCGUGAAUUACCCUCAUAAAUUCUUUUUCAAUUGCACUUAGCAAACUUGGGUAUUCCCCUUAUACUAAUAAUUUCCUUUCAUUUCUGACUAACCCUGUUCUGCCUUCAUAUCUGCUGACCCGUCAGUACCUGCGUUCGAAGGAUUCACCGCAGAAUAAACGAUGAGGAAUUGUGCAGAUCAGUUUAUGAUACUGGCCGCUUUUGUUUCCAAUGUUCAAAUUCGGUUUGUGGCUUGGGAAACGGCUUCGACUAGUCAGUUAAACCAGGUGAGGGUAGCCAAUGGGUCUCAAACCCCCGGUGAGUUAGGGACUUCUCUUGCAAGCAAAGACAGAAGAAAAGUUUGGAUUUGAUAUCCCGUUUUAUCACUACCCGAAGGAGUCUCAAAGCGGCUAGCAAUCUCCUUUCCCUUCCUCCCCCACAACAAACACUCUGUGAGGUGAGUGGGGCUGAGAGACUUCAGAGAAGUGUGACUAGCCCAAGAUCACCCAGCAGCUGCAUGUGGAAGAGCGGGGAAGCGAACCCGAUUCACCAGAUUACGAGUCUACCGCUCUUAACCACUACACCACACUGGCUCUCCAGUGGGCCCAACGGUCACAAAGAUGGUUUCUGGACAUGAUGUGGAGGGGGCAGAGGGGGCUUGUGAGCCUGGGGAGGGAAAUCUUGUUCUGCUUUCCUUUGGACCCCAAUCAGCGAGGCCGAGAGGGGGGUCUUGUCAUCUGGGCAGCCCAGGACCUCACUUCGGUGUUGCUAACGCAGCGGUUUGACUUCACCCCCAGAUGCACACUCCAUUGUCUCUUGACAAUGUACAGUGGUACCUCGGGUUACAGACGCUUCAGGUUACAGACUCCGCUAACCCAGAAAUAGUACCUUGGGUUAAGAACUUUGCUUCAGGAUGAGAACAGAAAUCGCGUGGCGGCGGCGGGAGGCCCCAUUAGCUAAAGUGGUACCUCGGGUUAAGAACAGUUUCAGGUUAAGAACGGCCCUCCAGAACAAAUUAAGUUCUUAACCGAGGUACCACUGUACAGUGGAGCCUUGGUUCUCGAACCGCCUGAGAAACAGUUUCUAUCCAAAUGCGAUUUUGGUUCUAAACGCAGUGUAAGGUAGUCUCUGUGGGAGUAUAUUGUAUUUAAUUAUGGGGUAUCAGAGUUUUUAGGGGGUUAACCAGGCUGGGAUAGCUGGGAUAGCAGGCUUGUUGGUUUUUGAAUGUCUGAUGUAGAUUUUUUCAAUUUCAUUGUUGGACGUUCGGCUUCCGAAAAAUGUUCACAAAUCAGAACACACACUUCCAGGUUUUUGGCGUUUGGGAGCCGAUUUGUUCGUCAACUAAGCCGUUCGAGAACCAAGGAAUGACUGCAGUUUAAAACUGUUUUUACUAUUGUCUUGUAAUGCUGUAACCGCCCUGUUACCUUACGGUGAAGGUCAAGUAAUAAUGGUGAUGAUAAUAAUAAUAAUACCGUAAUACUAAAUAAUGCCUGAUGGAUGGACCUUGGGAUGAUGGAAGGAUGUCCCUCUUGUUUGUGUGCGAUGUGUCUUUGUCGUUCGUCCCCUUUCUGUUGCUGCGCCAGUCCCCUUUCCAUCUUGCCUGUCCUUUGUCUUGUGAUUACUUAUGCAAAUGGGCGACGCAGCCCCUAUAAUGGGCAUGUUGUCUUCCAGAACAGAAAAGCCUACAAUUAUCUUAUUAUUGGGAUGAAAGGGAGAAAAAGAAGCCUGUGCGUUGUGUUCACAACCGUUUGUUUGUUUGCAUUUCCCCACGCCCAUAGGAGACGCCACUUUGCCUCAGCUGCUGCCUUUCCAAAAUGGAUUUUGCAUUGUUUUUUUUAAAUAUAUUUUUAUUGAGUUUGACAUUGCUGAUUUAAAUUCAAACAUUAAACAUCAAAAUCAUCCCUGAAUCCUUCGACUCCCCUCCACUCUUCCAGGGUUACCACUAUCAAUCUUUCCCCCCACAAACUGCUUCUCUUAGUUUCUCAAUCAAUUUUUACCAUAGUUUUUCACAUGUUACAAGCAUUGUUCAAAUCCUGCCAUAGUUUUUAGUUGUUUAUAAUGCUCUCUUCCCUGUUUAGGGAAGCUUUUAAUGUUUAAUAGACUAUUGUAUUUUAAUGUUCUGUUGAAAGCCGCCCAAGUGGCUGGGGAAACCCAGCCAGAUGGGCAGGGUAUAAAUUAUUAUUAUUAUUAUUAUUAUUAUUAUUAUUAUUAUUUAUCAUAUAAUACAUUAUAUUUUUCCCAUUCCUUCUUAAAGUUCCUCUCUUCCUGGUUUCUGAUUUACCCGGUCAAUUUUGCCAUUUCAGCGUAGUCUUAUUCAGCCAUUCAUCUCUGGUUGGGACUUUACAGUGGUGCCUCGCAAGACGAAAUUAAUUCGUUCCGCGAGUUUUGUCAUCUUGCGAUUUUUUUCGUCUUGCGAAGCACGGUGUCAGGAAAGUUUUGGAAAAGCUUCAAAAAUCACCAAAGUCUUAAAAAACCUCAAAAAAGGCUACCACACCGCGUUCUAUGAGUUGCUCCUCGAAGUCAAGUCGCAACUGUAUUAACGGUGUUAAGAAAAAGGAAACCAACUUGCAAGACGUUUCCGCCUUGCGAAGCAAGCCCAUAGUGAAAAUCAUCUUGCGAAGCAGCUCAAAAAACAAAAAACCCUUUCGUCUAGCAAGUUUUUUGUCUUGCGAGGCAUUCGUCUUGCGAGGUACCACUGUAUCUUCUUUCCAUCUCUGGGCCAGUAGUCAUCGUGUACAUAAAUACAGUCAUACCUUGGGUUAAAUAUGCUUCAGGUUGAACGUUUUUGGGUUGCGCUCCGUGGCGACCUGGAAGUAACGGAACACGUUACUUCCGGGUUUCGCCGCUCGUGCAUGCGCACAUGCUCAAAAUGACGUCACACGCAUGCGCAGAAGUGGCGAAUAGCGACCCGCACAGACGCGGGUUGCGUUCGCAUCUAGAGGUACCGCUGUAGUCAUUUCUGCUCCUUGGAUUUCACAUUUUAUAGGUGGGGGAAUCCCGCUUGAAAUCUGGGCUUUCAGACACAGCACUUCUCCGGGGGCGGGGGUCACGCUGUUUCUGCAGACAAGCAUUCCCACUUGGAGAGAAUCUUGCUCACCCCUGGCAGUUUGCAAUUCUGAGGACGAGGCGGUUUUCCCACGGGUGUUUAGAGUUGGUGGCAGAGCAGGUGACAGUCUUCAGGAGGAGGACGAGGACUCCAGUGGUGCAAAGGUUAAAUUUCGAAGUGCAAGAGCUCAUCAUAUUGGCCCCAUAGCCCUGCUCCGAAGGACACUCCAAAAACGGGCACAGCUGUGUCGAUCCAUUAUUACAGUGGUGGCAAACCUCUGGGCAAUGCCCCUAACUGAGCCCGGUCCCAAUUCGGCACGUGAAGUCAUUUCCCCGAAGCCAAACCCUUCUACCCCCUGCCCUUUGGGGCCUUGAUUUUUAGUGCCACCCUGUGUGACGCCCAAAUUGGCACCCUUCCGCCUCUUGGACUCCAUCGUAAAUCUUAGUUGUGGCAUCGCCAGUGGCGAUCCUGAGGCUCCGCGCACAGUGCGACCUAACCAGGUGCGCUCCCCUAAAUCUGCCUCUGCAUAGGCAAAGUCAGCCAGUGCCCAAUCAGAAGCCUGGAAGUGUUCUCCCAAGGAUUCAUUGGUAAGGGAGGCUUUGCAUCACUGCCAAUCAGCUGAGAGGUGGAGAGUGUGAGCCCAUCAGGAUUGGCCGCGCUGUGGAAGUCACUGCCGAUCAGCUGAUGGGCAGCGACUUCAAGUCUCUCUUGCCUUGUCUUUUCGUUGUGUUGUGCAGCCAACGGAAAAAUGGGUUGCCUGACCUGUGGAAGAGACCACCGGGGAUUGGAGCGUCCAGGAUCUGGCCUCCUGGGCGGAGCUAAUUCCACAGUCCCUGCAUUAUUUACACACACCAAAAUGUAGCAGCAAAUAGCAUGGUGCCAGAUUUAUUUAGGUCAGCAUCACUUGCAACCUUGUGCGUAGUUUUGCGGCAGUAGGUGGCAUUGAAUUCAGUGGUAUUUCUGACUUAGAGAUGGAUGAAUCUGUCAAUUCUGGUUUCUCACACUUUCUCAUUUUCUUGGUCUUCCAGUUGAGUUCUCCACAUUUCUGCAUCAAUUUGUGACUACUUCUUUUUAGGUGCUCACGAAAAUUCAUCAGCGUUUUAGCGCAGAUUCUAUCCCAAGAUACACAUUUUUCUAUGGAAUAUUGCCCAGUAUACGCAUUUUUGCAGAUCAGUUUCCCGUAAUAUAGUGCAUUUUGUAUGUUACCUUCGUAACACUUGCAUUUUAAUGCACCUUUUACCCUAGAAUGUGCUUUUUUGUGCACAUUACUCAGCCGGAGAAUUGCACUGCGAAAUUUUGAAUUUUUUUUUAAAGCAUGGCUGUGUUUUGGUUUGUGUAUUUUUCCCGAAAGCAGGAAUUAGGUAGGUUUGCAAUUAAAUGUGAGCUGAAUUGAAUUUCUACUGGAUCUCUGCUCCUGACUGCAGAGGUUAAACUUGUAAAACCUGUCGAUCUUUGACAAAAGAUCUUCAUAAUUAAUGAUGUAAAUGUCGCAGAGCGUGACGGUCAGUAAAUCACAUAGUUCAGAGUUGGAGGUAACUCUUUAUUAGCAAAAACAUAAUCCCCACAGACUUGGCUGAGUGUCAGGCUUAAUGAGCACAAUAGCUCAUUCCCUGUGUGUCUUACUCCAUGAAAUCAGUUGCCGAGACUAAAGGUCCCUGUCUCCCCACAGCCGUCUUAAGCCCCCUCCUCUCUCCAGUUUUUUACAAGCAAUCAGAGACUGUGCCUGUGCGAAGCCAACCUCUCCUCCACCCUUUUCAUGCCUCUCCUGGUUUUGGGAGACAACAGUAGUAGGGGAGCUUGUUGCGGGGAGCUUGUUGUCAUAGGGAGACAUCCAUGACUCUCCACCAGCCAGACUCAUCGCUUCCUCUCGGUCUCCCCUCUCUCCGGCUUCAGCUUCUGCGUCUGAUUCUGCACUUCUCUCUUCCACAGACUCUCCCCGCUCACUAAGCCCUGUUACCUCUUCAGCUUUGACACCUCCUCUUCCCAUCCAUCUCCCUCUUCUCCCUCUGGCCACUCAUCGUUCUCUCUCCACCAGUCCCCUGGCUCUCAGCCUCCUUUGGGGUCCCCCAGCUGGUUCCUCCCACCAUUCCUCUGCAUCCAACUAGUCCGUGACAGUAAACUAUAUCAGUUAACGUGAUUUCACCACUGUGGAAUGCAAGGCGAAUAGCAUGGUUUCUGGUGGAAGCGUAACUGCAGCAGAACGGAAACAGUGGUGCGUGUGAUGAAUGCAGCAGGGCAGCAUGUGAAACGAUAUCUUCUUUACACACCUGUCUGUCUCUGACGCAGGAGACAGAGCUCAGUCUACGUGGCUACAGACUUAUCCGCUUUUGUGACCCUCUGUGCCUGAGAACGGAAGCUUCCCCCAAAAUGUCCACAUUCCCAAAUGUCCACGCUUCCAGUGGCCAUGAAUGAAGGGUAAACAAGAACACACUGGGCUCCUUUGCUGUCGGUAACUACAAGUUUCUCCCAAGAAUAGCACUGAUUAAGUCCCCCUGGUGUGUUUUGGGACUGGAAAGAUGCCCAGGGAUUUCUCACACAGCUGCUUGCUAGCACAACAUUAAUGAUUAACCUACCAGGCCCAAAAUGGGCUUAUUUCGUGUUCUUAUCUCAAUGGAAUUCUAUUUUCAAAUAGUUGGCAGCUUUAGCCAACUGAGGGCUGGCUCUCAUGACCCUCUCCCCCCCGUUCCAUGAGAUUUCAUUAAAGCUUUUUCAUAAAGCAAUACAAUAAAAAAAAACAACCAGACUAAUCUAAAUGAAAACAAAACCUGAAAGAGAUGAUGAUGACGAUGAUGAUGCAGAGUCCUCUUUUAAGGGUAGUUCUGAACCCUUGCUUCACACAGAAAUUGGUGGGCCCAAAAGCUCUUAAGGGACGCAGGUGGUGCUGUGGGUUAAACCACAGAGCCUAGGACUUGCUGAUCAGAAGGUCUGCGGUUCGAAUCCCCGCGACGGGAUGAGCUCCCGUUGCUCGGUCCCUGCUCCUGCCCACCUAGCAGUUCGAAAGCACAUCAAAGUGCAAGUAGAUAAAUAGGUACCACUCCGGCGGGAAGGUAAACGGCGUUUCCAUGCGCUGCUCUGGUUCGCCAGAAGCGGCUUAGUCAUGCUGGCCACAUGACCCGGAAGCUGUACGCCGGCUCCCUCGGCCAGUAAAGUGAGAUGAGUGCCGCAACCCCAGAGUCGGUCACGACUGGACCUAAUGGUCAGGGGUCCCUUUAGCUUUACAAGCUCUCACCCAUUAGCUUCUCCACCCCAGAAAGUUUGGGGAAAACUGCCCUAAAUGGAAGUACAUCCCAAUUGAGGGGAAGUUGAAGGAUGGGCUUGCUAAAGGUUGUGACCUGGGAGAGAAAUGAGAGUUGAAACCAGAUGGAGGAGAGAGGCCAAAAGCGAGUCCCUUUGUUUCGUGGCACACGGCCAAGCCUCUCACCCCACCCUGAGAGUUCAGUCUUAGCUUGAGAAUUUCUUCUGGGGCAAGGACAUCCCUUUUAUUACAGCAUUAACCAGUUCAAUGAGUGUACGUAGACCUCUCUUUUUUUUUGAAAAAGAGGAUUUGCAAAGGACGUCUCCGUUUACCACAGUCCAACCCAAACAAAGAGAUUCUUUUCAGCCUCGCUUGAACAUGGGGAGAAAAAGGAAUUAGGCUAAACAAAGACCUCGGAUUCAGCUCCCCGGAAAUAGAAAACUCGAUCAGCGUCGAUGAUGGAGAAGUUCUCUUUUGUCUCCCCUUUUGUAGUUGCACGAAAUCUCCCUUAAUGCAUGUUUUCAGCUGAGGAAACCAAAACCCUUUUGGAGCCGUGAGGGAGGGGCUGGUUAAAUAUUGACUGUUGGCUUAGUCAAGUUUUGUAGACUAAAUCCUGCUCAUGUUCAGCCAAACAUAACAAACACAUACCAGAACGGGGCGGUAAUAAAGAUGGGAAAGUUCUGUCUCUCUUGCACAAAUGAUGCAGAAGCAAGGCUUCCAGUCUCUGCCCCGGGAGCCUGAAAUGUUAUCUUUUAACUCAGCCUUUAGUAUUGUGCUGCAGGUUCCAAAUAAUCUUCAUGGUUCCUUUAAGAAUUUUUUUCUUUUUUAAAAAAACAAGCAAGGUGAUAGUCCUCAUGAUGCAAGGGAAGAAUAUAUGAUGGUUCUGCUGUUCAUAUAGCAUUCUUCAAAAGUCAGGGUGGGUCUUCCAGUAGUAAGAAAAUAGUGGUGACAGCGCUAGGAGUGAAUUGGGGACCUUCUAGUUUCGUUGCAAUAGUGAGAAUGGAAGUUUCCGCUUGUGAAAUUUUAAGUUCAUUAGCACAGAAUUUCCCAUGAUAGUAAUGUUAAUGGGGGGGGGGGGAAUAGGGAUGAGGGAGAAAAUUGGUUUCAUUGAAUUUUAAUGAAAAACUAGCUAAUUUGCGCUUCCCAUACCAGUGCAUGAACCUAUUCUUCAAAAUUUGCACACCUCUGAAUUUCACAAUGUAAUUCUCCAAAUGCUGUGUACAGAAAUGCAUAUGCAAGGAUAAAGUGUGCAUUAAAAUGCAGGUAUUAGUGAAAAAAUAACAUACAGAAAUGCAUUAUAAUGGGGCAAUGUUUUGCAGAAAUAUGUGUCUUAAACAAAACUGAAUGCAGAGAUUUGCUUAUUAGGAGAAAAUUGCACUAAAUGCACUAGGUGCAUUUUCGUGAGGAAAGAAUUUGCGGUUUUCUGAGGAAAUACGGAGACCUGAAUUCAAGAUGGGAAGAAUGGGAAAUGGGGAGAACCCGAAACUGAUAUAUUUGCCUGUUCCCUAGAAAGAAAUGGGAGCCUUCUCCCUUGCCCUGUCUCAGUCUGUAGGUGAGUACCCUUCUUUUAAACCACCCAUAAUCAUCCCCCCUUUGCCCGUCUCUUUUAAAAGCAUGGCUUUAUCAUAAGUAGAAUCUGACAAUUCAACUCCCAGUGCCCGGUGGGCAUGCCAGACUAUUGUUAGCUAAUGAAACAGACUUUGUUCAGCAGCCUAAGUGGGUGCCAAGCAUUUUAUUUUCCUUUGCGGGUUCUCAAAAAGUUUUUCCUCCUUACCCAAGCUGCAUGGAGAAUGACAGGACAGUGUCGGGAGAGUUGCUAUAUUUCAAAAAUCUAUACUACCAACGUGGGCUGCCAGGCAUCCAGCGAUUUCUGCCGGACGCUGUUCACAAGGACUGAAUACCAGCUGUGUCCGAGAAAUUCCAGGCAAGCCAAGAUUCUAUAUUCACCAUAUUUUUCACUCCAUAAGACACACCUGACCAUAAGAAGCUGGGUGCAGGGCAGGGAGUCGGGUGAGGUCAGGAGCUCCAGCAGAAGAGCAGGACAGGGUUCAGGCAGGAACAGGCUACCAACAACUUUGCUCCCACAACUUAGGACUGGGACUGGCUGGCUUUUAUCUGCCCCGAGGCAUAGGGUGGCCCCAGUCCACAGGUGACUCGCUUCUCCUGGCCUGGAGGCGAGCACUCCUCCUGCGGGAACUUAGUUCCCUUCGCCUCUCUGCCCUGACCCUCUGCAGCUCAAGAGAGGCUGGAGGGUUACCGGACCCAGAGGCAACCUCAGCUUCCUCUGACAGGGCUGAGAGUGGACCACCUGCAGGCAAUGAGUCCUCAGUCACCUCCGGAGCCAGAGCAGACUCAGCUGGUGCCUGCACCUGAGGAUCCAGCACAGGUGAGGACCCUUCAGGCUCAGGCCCCAGCCCCGGCUCAGCUGGUUCUGGAGGCAGGGAAUCCUGUGCAGGCUGGGAUUCCUCAGGUUCAGCCUCCGAGUCCGAAUCCCAGGCCAUCACACUGUCCCUCCUCCCACUUCGCUGUGAAGCCAGCAGAGCAAGAGCGAUAGCUGUGCAGCGCCUCUUGUUCUGCUGGCUUCCCAGCGAAGCGGGAGGAGGAACGGAAGGGAGGAGGAACGGCUCUUUAAAGGGAGCGCCGAUCAGAGCCUGCCGCCUGCAUUUGCUCCAUAAGACGCACACACAUUUCCCCUUACUUUUUAGGAAGAAAAGUCUUAUGGAGCGAAAAAUACGGUAGGUUUUAUUUUGGAGAGCAAGCAAGGACUGGUGCUCUUUGGUACAGAAAAACAAGCCAGAGAAAUGGCUCCGUCCAUGACUAUUCGCCAUGGUGAUAUGGGACCAUUGCUUUCUAUCCUGUUCAUCGGUCAGCUGGAGUUUCGUAGAAUCAUAGCUUUGGAAGGGACCCCAAGAGUCAUCUAGUCUAACCCCCUGCAUUGCAGGGAUUUCAGCUAAAGCAUCCAUGACAGGUGGUUUCUGGUGAGCCAAGUGAGGCAGCCAAGUUGGCUGAUGACACCCAAUUGUUUGGGGUGGCAAAAAGGAAAAGGGAUUGUGAGGAGCUCCAAAAGGAUCUCUCCAAACUGGGUGAAUCCGAGCAAUAAAAUGGCAGAUAAUAAUAAUAAUAAAAUAAUAAUAAAUUUUUAUUUGUACCCCGCCCUCCCCGGCCAGAGCCGGGCUCAGGGCGGCUAACACCAGUAAAAUCACAAUAAAAACAUAAUAGGGGAGGGGGGGGAAACCAACUUAAAAUACGGGUUAAAAUACAAUUUAAAAUGCAGCCUCAUUUUAAUAGUAGCCCAUAGUUCAAAACCAUAAGGGGAGGGAAACAUCAGGGUCAGACUGAGUCCAAACCAAAGGCCAGGUGGAACAGCUCUGUCUUGCAGGCCCUGCGGAAAGAUGUCAACCCCCCCGCAGGGCCCUAGUCUCUUGUGACAGAGCCUUCCACCAAGUCGGGGCCAGUGCUGAAAAGGCCCUGGCUCUAGUUGAGACCAAUCUAACCACCUUGCAACUUGGUACCUCCAAAGUGUUGUCAUUUGUGGACCUUAAGGUCCUCCGCGGGGCAUACCAGGAGAGGCGGUCCCGUAGGUACGUGGGUCCUAGGCCGCAUAGGGCUUUAAAGGUCAAAACCAGCACCUUAAACCUGACCCUGUACUCCACUGGGAGCCAGUGCAUUUGGUAAAGCACUGGAUGAAUGCGAUGCGAUGCAAUUGUUUUAGCUGGUCUAAAAUGAUGCUCAUCUGGGCAAAAAAACUCCCACAAUUUCUGCAUAUACCCUCAUGGGGCCUGAACUGGCAGUGACUGAACUGGUGCAAGACCUUUGGGUCGUAAAGGAUGCCUCAGUAGAGCUGUUGACCCUGUAUUUGAUGGCUGUGAAAAAGAAUGGCACGCUGCAUGUGGAUCAUUAGGAGAGGGAAUGAAAACAGCCUUUCCAAUAUUAUGACGCUGUCGAACAAAUUGAUGGUGCGGCUGCAUUUGGAAUUCUGUGUGCAGUCCUUGGCACCUCGCCUCGAAAAAGAUAUUGCGGAGCUGGAAAAGGUUAAGAAAGGGACAAUCCAAACCCAUCAAGGAGAUGGAUCGACUCUCCUGUGAAGGAAGCAUUUGGAGCUUUUUAGUUUAGGGAAAAGGUGAGUAGAGGUCUAUAACAAAUAUCAGGAGAUAUCCAAUGAAUCUGAGGACUGGGAAAUUCGGAAAAAGGAGGAACUUCUUCACACCAAAACAUAUUUGAUGCUAAGGAGUCUCGGCAGCUGCUUAAAUUUUCUUGAUUAGUUGGUCGUUUCAAUGAUUAAUUUGUAUUUGUGGUGUUUAAAUAUUGUAUAUGCCUAGGGACGCGGGUGGCACUGUGGUCUAAACCACAGAGCCUAGGACUUGCCGAUCAGAAGGUCAGCAGUUCGAAUCCCCGCAACGGGGUGAGCUCCCAUUGCUCGGUCCCUGCUCCUGCCAACCUAGCAGUUCGAAAGCACGUCAAAGUGCAAGUAGAUAAAUAGGCACCACUCUGGUGGGAAGGUAAACGGGUUUUCCAUGUGCUGCUCUGGUUUGCCAGAAGUGGCUUAGUCCUGCUGGCCACAUGACCCGGAAGCUGUACGCCGGCUCCCUCGGCCAAUAAAGUGAGAUGAGCGCCGCAACCCCAGAGUCGGCCACGACUGGACCUAAUGGUCACGGGUCCCUUUACCUUUAUGUCUAUACAUUUUAGACUGCCUUGCUAUUUAAUUUGUAUUUGUGGUGCUUUAUGUUUAAACACUUUAUAUGUGCAUAUAUUGUAGGCAGUGGUACCUUGGUUCUCGAACUUAAUCCAUUCCAGAAGUCCGUUCGACUCCCGGAACUGUUCGAAAACCAAGACACGGCUUCCAAUUGGCUGCAGGAGCUUCCUGCACUCAAUUGGAAGCCGUGUCGAACACUCGCUUUUGCGGCAUUUGGGAGCCGGUUUGUUUGACAACUAAGCCGUUUGAGAACCAAGGUACCACUGUAUUUUACAUGGAACAGCGAAACAUAAAUACUUUAAUAAAUACAUACGAACCCGCUCAGACCCUGAGAUCCGUAUCUGAUCCCCUUCUCUGUGUGCCCCCUUCUGGGGGCAUUCUGGAGGCUGGAGGCGAGAGAGUGGGGCCUUUUCUGUAACCGAAGGCUGCUUGAGUUGGAACAGAGCAGGAUUUUGCUUCCCGAAGAACGUAACUCAGGAUCUGUUACGGCGGAGGAAGGAGAGCAGCUUUUGCAGGUUGUCGGUUUUUCUUUAUUACAAGGGCUGAACAAACCAUGCACCGGCCAUCAACGGGCAGCGAACAGAUUUAUAGCUGGUCUUUGCCACACUGAGAGCUCUGCUGUGCCGCCAGGCAGGGAAGGCAAAAUUUAAGGCGCGCUCUGGCCUUGAUCCGAGAAAGUCCUUGGCUGCGUCGUCACUCCCUUGCUUUAUGGUCUCUUCUCUUGCAGGUGCAAGGAGCAAAUUAUGGGUCUGUUAGGACCAUAUUUUUUAAAGUCUGUAGGUCCAGUGGUUCAAAACUGACCAUAAGGGAAUCUUCGUGUAUGAUGCUAAGUUCUCUUUUGGGCGGGGAGUGUUGACAAUCAGACAUGUCCUGAUUAUUAUAAGGGUGACAAAAAUGAAACUGCUUAGAUCAGGGCUGUCCAACAGGUCAAUCGCAAUCUACUGGUGGAUCACAGGAUGUCCCCGGUUGAUCCUGGUUCAUCGCGGGAACUCGCCCCCUCCACCCCAAAAAACAAGAAACUCAAUAACUUUGCCUCAUCCUCCCCCCCAAAAGCUCAACAACUCUGGACAAUCAAUAAUAAUAAUAAUAACAACAAUAAUAAUAAUAAUUUAUUAUUGAUAACCUGCCCAUAUGGCUGGGCUUCCCCAGCCACUCUGGGCGGCUUCCAAAAAAAUAUUAAAAUACUGUAAUACAUCAAACAUUAAAAGCUUCCCUAAUCCAAUGGGAAAAUCACUGCCAGUUUUUUUAUAGUGGGAAUAGAUCGCAGUCUCUUGGAAGUUGGACAUGCCUGGCUUAGAUUAAUCGAUAAAAGCAUUUUGAAUGACUAAAAGGGUGCAUUUUUAAAAAAAGAAAACACAACACCCAAUCUGUAUACCUAUAAGAAACUGCAGAUGACGGAUUCGAAACCAGGAGGAAUCAAAAUUCCAAAGAGAUUGGAGCAAAUUUACUGAUUAUCUAAAUAAUAACUGUAGAAGUUUGAAGACACUAGCAGGAUUAAAAUAAAUCUUAUGACAUGGACUUGAAUAAAGAGGAAACUGUGAGAUAUAGAUUGGAAAUAGAAAACUGUUGGCGGGAGGGAGCGAGGGAAGUCAUUGCUCGGCAGAGCGGGGGGAAAGGAGUUCUACAAAUGGAUGUUGAAAUUUAUUGUUUUUUUGUUUAAAGUGAAAAUUCAAUUAAAAAGUAUUUUUUUUAAAAAAAAGAAAGAAACUGCAGAUGACCAUUCUAAAUGAGGUAUUUUUUCUUGUGUGUGACAGAAGGGGUGUGUGUGGGGUGUCCUUUUGAAGAUGCAGUAUAUAUGUGUGUGUGUGUGUAUAUAUAUACACACACACACACACACACUUUUUCUGGUGUAUCUUUACUGCCCUAAGGGCUGGAAAGUUUGUCUUAACUUAAAUAAAAUUUAAGCCUGUUUUGAGUUGUUGAAUUGGGCACUUUUUGACAAUGUCUGCAUUUGCCGUUUGGCUCCUAGAUGAAGCCACUGCCCACGAAGGUUCUAGCAGUUUAUGCCACUGGAGUUUCACCGUGGGGUGGUAAAAACAGGUGCAGUUUGGUAAUUCUACGGAGGGGGUGCCAUUUUGUCCUUACACCAUGAGUACUGAUGGGUGAACUCCCAGGCUCAGCUUAGACGGUAAUUGCUGGUCCCAAACAAAAGUGUUUCGUUCUCACAGAGAACGUCUCUCCUCUCAACCCCAAAUUCUCAAUAGAUUCCUAACUGUUGACCGACCUCCAGCUGCUUAACAGGGAGAUGGUGGCUUCUGCUCAGUGACUGAAGAAGGUCAUUCUCAACUCUCCUUUUUUCUUCCUUUCUCCCACCAUCCUUGGUGCCUGGAAUUCCAUUUAUAGUUACAUUUCAGAGCCCUGGGAAAUAUAAUUUCCCCAAGGCAAUGGUAGCCAUACUGAUACCAGGUACCUCCCAGGGCUCCCAGCACUUAGGACAUUGACAACAGUCAGGUCAGUGGGUGGUUGGGAAUAAGGAGGAGUUCUUCUGCGGCUCAGAUUAAAUCCAAGUCGGGGCAUUACUCAGGAUUCUUAAUGCUCACCUUGUACAGUGGUACCUUGGCUUACAGACGCUUCAGGUUACGCGAUUUCAGGUUGCGCACUGUGCCAAACCCAGAAGUACUGGAACGGGUUACUUCCAGGUUUCGGUGCAUGCGCGGACGCGCCGAAUCGCGACCUGCGCAUGCGCAGACGCAACGCUGCGGGUUGCAGACGGUGCAGGUUGUGCCUCCCGCACGGAUCACGUUUGCAAUACGAGGUUCCACCGUAUUGAAAGUAGCAUUAUGAAUAAGUGAGAUUUGUAUUCGGAGCCAAUGAAUUAUGGACUUCAGUGAAAUCUGACAUCAGGAAUCGCAAGACAGAGAAACCAAUAGGAGAGCACUUCAAUCUCCCAGGACAUCCAAUACAAGAUCUCAAAGUCGCUGUCUUGUUACAAAAGAAUUUCAGAAAUAGACUGGAAAGAGAAGUUGCUGAGUUGCAACUUAUUACCAAACUUAAAACCAUGGAGAGACCUGGUCUGAAUAGAGACAUUGGAUUCUUAUCUCAUUAUAUACGAUAAAGCUAUUUUUAGCCAUCUCACCCCUUGCUUUUUCCUGUAAGACAAAUUGCAGUCGUUAACAGGUUUACCACACCUAUCAGCCAAUCACCCAUUCCCACCACCCUUCUGAAUAAUACCCCUCCCCACCCUCCCACUAUAUAUAAGGGUCUGGUGACUUCUGUUUCAGUGUAUCUGAAGAAGUGUGCAUGCACACGAAGGCUCAUACCCAGAACAAACUUAGUUGGUCUCUAAGGUGCCACUGGAAGGAAUUUGUUUAUUUUGUUUCAGUGAACCAGUCAUUUAUGAGUGUGGAAGGGAACAGACACAUCCUGUGUUCAGGUGGUGAAGGGUUACCUGGGCAAAUGCCAUUUUUUUUGCUUGUAUGCAAUAUCUGAGGUGGCUUUUGUGGUUCCCGUUUCUCCAGAGGCGCUUCUUGGGUGACGCUUCUGAAGCGAACACGUCAGGGUAAGAGGGGCAGAAUGAAAAUUGUAUUGUUUUCAAGACUUUCCGGGCCUUAUUUUAAUCUGUUUUAUCUUCUUCCAUUCCAUUUUUUUAGCACCUAUAACCAGGCCUGUGAAUGAGCGGGGAUCGUGUGGGAACCUAGGAGGUGCUGUGUCGCAGCCGGAGAUUUAGACCUGAGCCGGCUCAUUCAAGUAAAUAAAAUCACUGUUCUGUCUUGUGUGAGGGAGGGAUAAGGACAGGAUGACCUCGAGGCCAACCCACGAGAGCACCGCAUCCUAAGCUAAUUCCUUUUCUUCCUCACUGCCCCCGCAGUCAACCCAAUUCGUCCCUUUUGCUGAUUGACAUUUCCCUGGUCAGAAUCUGCAUACCCCGUGGUUGGUCAGUGAGUUUGCAUGGGGGUUAUAAUAGCUAUCUCUCCCUGCUAGGUGAGUAAACUUGUCAUUCCACGGUGGCCAUUGGUUCUUUUGAAUGUGCCACAACUUAGUGAAAGAGGAUGGGUUCAGGUAUAUGGGAAUAAGGCAUCUUGAAUUUUUCACCUUUCAAAUUCCAAAAACUAGGGAUGCUAAAAAAAAGAAAGAAAUAUAUUAACCUGACUUGGGAAUUUGAAAGAUAUGUCAGUUAAAUUAAUACAAUUUCGUUUUGUUUGGUAAGUAAAGUGUGCAUAAAAUUGCAUAGAAAUCAUUAAAAAUGAUUGCCAAGUACUUGCAGUCAUUUCUUGUUGCUGUUAUUUAUUUAGCAUUACGUGUUUACAGAAGGUGAAAUUCUUUGGUUUUCCUAAAGCGGUAUAUGUGCUUCUUCAUGAAGCACAGACUUGCCGAGCUAAAUGUUCUCCAGUCACAAAAAUAACAGCAGAUUUAGAGACUCACCCCCCAUUGAAGAAAUUGGCAAAAAUUAAGUUUCACCCCCAAAAUGACACGCCCUGGUAUGGAAAGGUGCCUGAGUUGGUCACAUGGAACCUGUGACUCCAUGCUACCUUGAAGAAAUGUCUUACACACACACACCCAUAAACACAAACACACAUUGUCUCUCCCCACUUCAUGCAUAUGCAUACAGCUAAAUGGUUAAGUCUUCAACUUCCCCGGUUUUCAAAUGGCAGCAGCGAGGAGCUGCAGGCUAUCACAUUUGUGGAUCUCGACCUGUUUGGUAGAACAUGUCUCUCCUCUCGCUCCUCCAGUUUCAUCACCUGCUUGUAGGCACCUGUUUAACUACUGUGAGAAGGGGAUAAGAGACCAAACGAGUCUGUGGCCUCAUCCAGCAGCCAAGGCUCUCCUUAGAUUAUGAUGCAAUUAACUACCAGCCUCCCUGACAUUUAGCACCUGAUAUUGGAACAGCAUUCAUAGGAUCAUAGAAUCGGCGAGUUGGAAGGGACCCCCGAAGAUGUUCUAGUCCAGCAUUUCCCAAACUCGGGUCUUCAGCUGUUUUUGGACUACAACUCCCAUCUGCCCUAGUGGUCAGGGAAGAUGGAAAUUGUAGUCCAAAAACAGCUGGAGAUUGGCCCAAUCCAACAGCUCUUUUCUCACGGCACUGGGGACUAGACAUGUUGUUUUGUGGCUCUCUCUGUGUGUUUGUGUGUAGCUGUUGUGGUUUUCCGAACGCCAGUGCACUUAACAUCCUUGCUGCAGGAUGCUAUUGGUGUGUGCGUGUGUGUGUGUUGGAAAGGGAGCAUGGGGGCGUUGGUAGCUGUGGUUUCGCUCUACAUGCAGCAAUCGUAAUUACGUCCGGUUUGCUGUUGUCCUACUCCCUGCUGUCUCAGUGUGAGGGUUGCCGCACUUUGCUAGCUUGCUGCCCACCCAAACUGCCCCUUCGCUGAUGCCCCCUUUGCAAGGAGUCAGGUGUACACAGCUGGCGUCCUGGAAUCUCCUUCAGGUGCUGCCAUUAAGCCCUGGGAUGAGCAAAGAGGAGAAUCUCACAGAACAUCUACAGCAGCAGAUUCCUAUGUUCCUAAGAUGGAAUGGGGGAGGAGAUGGCAGGCAGAUAAUUCAGGUGAGGCUGCUAAGGUGCUUAGCCGGUAUCAGACCUCGGGGUGGGGGGAGAGACAGAUUGCAAUGGUUGGGGCCCCCAAUGGCUCUCUCCCAGUUGUUUUGAUGACCUUGGCAGGCUGGAGGGCGAUUUCAGCUUCGCUCUGUUUUAUAAAAUUGCACCCAUGUAAGGGCCAGAAGGAGGGACGCGGGUGGCGCUGUGGGUUAAACCACAGAGCCUAGGACUUGCCGACCAGAAGGUCGGCGGUUCGAAUCCCUGCGACGGGGUGAGCUCCCAUUGCUCGGUCCCUUCUCCUGCCCACCUAGCAGUUCGAAAGCACGUCAAGAGUGCAAGUAGAUAAAUAGGUACUGCUCCGGCGGGAGGGUAAAUGGCAUUUCCGUGCGCUGCUCUGGUUUGCCAGAAGCGGCUUAGUCAUGCUGGCCACAUGACCCGGAAGCUGUCUGCGGACAAAGGCCGGCUCCCUCGGCCUAUAGAGCGAGAUGAGCGCCGCAACCCCAGAGUCGGCCAUGACUGGACCUAAUGGUCAGGAGUCCCUUUACCUUUACUUAAGGGUCAGAAGGCUAUAUUAUUAGCCCUGGACUGUGGCCAGCUGAGCUCAGGGGCCUGGCCUGGUUAGAUCCUGUACCGGACUGCAGUAGGUCUACAUGAGGGUCAGUGUGCAGGGCAGUGGUAAGAAACCCACCCAAAGUGAGUCUGGGAUGAGGUGUGGCCAGUAUCCCAUCACCGGAAUCCAGGAUCUAAGUUGUCAUCUACUGUGCCCUUCCCCGGGGGCACUUGGGUGGGCGGCUCCCCCCAUUCUUCCUCAUCUAGCCAGUCCCUAACAGGUAGGCAAGUGGGUGAGCAGGCUAACAGGUCAGGAAGGGGACAGGACGAGAGGGGGAUGGCAGGCAGUAGCGUCUAGUGGUCACAGUAGGUCUCCAUUGCUCUCCCAGCUUCCCAGCACCAGGGGUUGCUGCCAAGAGGGGCAAGCAGGGGUGCCAGCUUGAAUAAAACAUUGGAGGGGGGCCAGGUAAGCCCCGCCCCAUAUAAUCAGUCACCAGAUGUGGCACCCACCCACGGUUUGAAUGGCAAUGCCCAUCAACUCUGGGGGGCUGGCCCCCUCAAAUGUUUUAUUGAGAGCAGCAGGGACCUCGGCUCCUAAGAAUUGGCUCCUGUUAUGGGGGCGAGGCACAGGGAGACUGUAGUCUGGAACACCCUCCUCUCUCUGACCAAUAAAGUCUGGAUUUUUACACCUCUGCUGUUGUGAUGUGUACUGUUUUUAUACCAUUCUUCCGUUUUCCUUUUGUUUUUCGCUGCAUUUUGUUUCAUACUGCUUAUGUAUAUUUUAAAUGUUCGGCAGCUCAGAAACACUGCGAAAGAGGUGAGCGGGAGUUGCGGUGCGCCAGCUCCUGGCCCUUGCCCUGGCCCAGAAACGAGAAUUGUAAGGAUGCAAGUAGAGCCCUGCAGGAUCAGGCCCAUGGCCCAUCUAGCUCUCAGCAUCCUUUUUCCCACAGUGGCCAACCCUGAAACAAAAGCUUGCAAGCAAGACAUGAGUGCCCACAGCCCUCUCUCCAUCAGCAGUUUGGGAUUCCAAGGUUUACUGCCUCCCUGGUGGAGAUGGAGACAAGCCAUUGUGGCUAGUAGCCACCGAUAGCAUGCCAUUCGGUUGAAUUGGCUCCCGCAGGACGUAAUGAUGGCUACCAACCUUGAUGGCUUUAAAGGGGGAGGCGGGAAAACCAUGGAGGACAUCUGUGGAUGUGGGCCACAAUGGCCGUGUUCUGUCCCCCAGGGUCAGAGACAAUAUGCCUUCUGAAUCCCAGCUGCUAGGGGACUCAAGUAGGAGUCAAGGACACUAAUUAUAAUAAUAAUAAUAAUUCAUUAUUUAUACCCUGCCCAUCUGGCUGGGCUUCCCCAGCCACUAUGGGCGGCUUCCAACAAAAUAUUAACAUUAAAAGCUUCCCUAAACAGGGCUGCCUUCAGAUGUCUUCUAAAAGUCUGGUAGUAGUUGUUCUCUAUGACAUCUGAUGGGAGGGCAUUCCACAGGGUGGGUGCCACCACCGAGAAGACCCUCCGCCUGGUUCCCUGUAACUUGGCUUCUCGCAGGGAGGGAACCGCCAGAAGGCCCUUGGCACUGGACCUCAGUUUCUGGGUAGAACGAUGGGGGUGGAGACGCUCCUUCAGAUAUACUGGACCGAGGCCGUUUAGAGCUUUAAAGGUCAGCACCAACUUGCACCCAGGUCCUGCUUGGAUGCUUCCUGUUGUGGCCAUCUCUUUGGCUACUUGGAAUACAGGAUGCUAGGCUGGCUAGAUGGGCCUUUGGUGAGGUCUUCCCACGUUUAUUCGUCUUGUGCCUUCAUAGCUGGGCUUUUCUUGUGUUCAAUGGCUGCUCCAAGCAACCUCUUUUUGUGACGUCCUGUUCUUUCCCCUUUCUCUCUCCCAGUGCCACUGACAUCUUGUGCCUCCACUACCAUACCUUGCCAUGGCCAAAUUAGAGACCCUCUCCGUCCUUAGUGACGCCAGCUACCACAACAAAGAAGCCUUCCACCCUUUCGACCCCAGGCUCACCGAACCCGCCUCCCAGGGCACGAUGGGAAGUGUCGGCAGCGGCGUCGCCGGCGAGCAAGAGUUCGCCAUGAAGAGCGUAGGUACCAGGACGCAGAGCGGCGGCCGCCAGGUCGAUGGGUCCCGGAACAGCUACUCCACGCGGGAGAUCUCGAACCGCUACUCCGGGGAGGAGAAGACCUACAAGACGGAGAAGAUCUCCCACUCCAUCUUCAUCAACGGGGACCUGCGCAAGAGCGAGAAAGGCAAGGCGGACCUCUGUGGGAACGUCGCAGCCAACAACGAGAAGAACAUCCCACCUCCUCCCCAGUACAGAGAACCCAGUAACCCACCAAAGAUAUUGCCAGUCUCUGGUAAACUAGACCAGGUGAGACUCAAUUUACAUGGAGUUGCCUUGGGCAAGGUAGUAGUAGUAGUAAUAAUAAUAAUAAUAAUUAAUAAUUUAAUAUUUAUACCCCACCCAUCUGGUUGGGUUUCCCCAGCCACUCUGGGCGGCUUCCAACAGAACACUAAAAUACAGUAACCUAUUAAACAUUAAAAGCUUCCCUUCAGAUGUCUUCUAAAUGUCUGGUAGUUGUUUUUCUCUUUGACAUCUGGUGGGAGGGUGUUCCACAGGGCGGGUGCCACUACUGAGAAGGCCCUCUGCCUGGUUCCCUGUAAUUUGGCUUCUCGCAGCGAGUGAACUGCCAGAAGGCCCUCAGAGCUGGACCUCAAUGUCCGGGCAGAACGAUGGAGGUGGAGAUGCUCCUUCAGUGACACGAACAAAUUUAAUAAAUCACCAUCAUCCUCAUUAAGUGGUCCGCCAAGACCCCCACAAUUUUCAAGUGGGGCAUGGCCGGGGGUUGGAAUUUGAGACCUGAUGUCCUAGGAACAUAGGAAGCUGCCAAGUCAAACAAUUGGUGGAGAAAUUCCAGACCCUUGACCAUCUUGGUUGCCCUAAACCAGGCAUAGGCAAACUCGGCCCUCCAGAUGUUUUGGGACUACAACUCGCAUCAUCCCUGACCACUGGUCCUGUUCGCUAGGGAUGAUGGGAGUUGUAGUCCCAAAACAUCCGGAGGGCCGAGUUUGCCUAUGCCUGCCCUAAACUGUACACCUUCCAGCUUGUCAACAUUCUUAAAUUGUGGUGCCCAGAACUGGUCACAGGACUCCAGGUGUGGUCUGACCAAGGCAGAAUAGAGUGGUCCUAUGACUUCCCUUGACCAAGACACUAGACUUCUGUUGAUGCAGCCUAGAAUAGCAUGAGCUUUUUUUGUUGCUGCAUCACACUGUGGACUCAUGUUCAGCUUGUGGUCCACUAAGAUCCCCUAGAUCCUUUUCACAUGUACUACUAGUAAGCCAGGUGUCUCCCAUCUUAUAUUUGUGUAUCUAGUUCUCCUUGCCUAAGUGCAGAACCUGACAUUUGUCCCUAUUGAAAUCCAUUCACCUGGCUUGGGCCCAGUUCUCCAAUCUCUUGCGGUCGUAUUGACUCUCAAUUCUGUCUUCCGUGGCAUUACUUACCCCUCCCAACUUGGCGUCAUUUGCAGGUCUGAUGAGCUAGAAGCAAGUUUCUCAUUUCCCAGGGCUUUUGGCCCUUAAUGUGAAGGUGUGUUACGUAUUUGCGGCCUCUUUUGGCGUGGCAGGAUCUGCUAAAACCUGUGUCUGAUUUGUACACAUCUUCGGGUUGGGGUUUUUAAAAAAGUUUUUAUGUAGUAAUAAUAACAAUAAUAAUUUUAUUAUUUAUACUCCGCUCAUCUGGCUGAGUUGCCAUAGCCACUCUGAGCGGCUUCCAGCAAAAUAAAAAAUAUAUUUUAAAAAACCUCCCUAUACAGGGCUGCCUUCUGUCUUCUAAAAAUCAUACAGUUGUUUAUCUGUUUUACAUCUGAUGGAAGGGCGUUCCACAGGGUGGACACCACCACCAAGAAGGCCCUCUGCCUGGUUCCUUGUAGUUUCACUUCUUGCAUUGAGGGAACCGCCAGAAGGCCCUCGGAGCUGGAGAAGAAAAAUGAGAAACACACAUAGCGCAGGAAUCACAUGCUGACAUUGUCCUUUCCUGCCUCAUUCUCCCUGUCCCCAUAAAGCUGGGUGACUGUCGAGGAGGAGGGCGGUUGCCUGGGGGGAGAGGUGGAGAAGAAGGAGGGGAGGGAUGUUGGGGGUAGAAGGAGAAAGAAACGCAGAAGACACUCCUCACUUUCAGGGUUAUAUUUAUAUCCCUCCUUAUAGAGCACACACACCAUCAAGCUACCGUAUUGUUCGCUCUAUAAGACGCACCAGACCAUAAGACGCAUCUAGUUUUUGGAGGAGGAAAACAAGAAAAAAAAUAUUCUGAAUCCCAGAAGCCAGAACAGAAAGAGUGAUCGCUGCGCAGCAAUCCCUCUUGCUGUUCUGGCUUCUGGGAUAGCUGUGCAGCCUGCCUUCGCUCCAUAAGACGCACACACAUUCCCCCUUACUUUUUAGGAGGGAAAAAGUGAGUCUUAUAGAGCAAAAAAUACGGUACUUUGCCAUUUCCUUGCGUUUCUCAAGGUCUCUGUAUAAAACCAAGGAACUAUUAGUUACUGAAGCUGGGGAGGAUUUUUGUUGUUGGGGGAGAUUUUAAGAAGAGAAACAGUCAUGCAAAAGUGUUUUCGCACUUUUUUGCCAUUGCUUUAUUUUGGCCUGCAAGUUAAAGCUGCCGGUUCCUCAGAGAGAAAUAGAGAUAACACAGGAAAUUAUGGGCUGCAAGUUAAUGAAAAGAUGUGCCCCCCCAAGCUCCUCUGAACAUUCCUCAAGUCACCCCACAGUGCUAUGGCACACCGGUUGAACACCAGUGCUCAGGAUUGGAUUAUCACUUGUAGUUUAAGGUUGAAUUAUGGACAUAGUGGAAGAGGUAAAGGAUUUGGAUUAUCAUAAAAGGAGGAAAUGAUAAAUAAUAGGACCCACUAAGGCAGCCUUUCUCAACCUGUGGGUCCCCAGAUGUUGUUGAACUACAACUCCCAUCACCCCUAGCUAGCAAGGCCAGAGCUCAGGGAUGAUGGGAGUUGUAGUCCAACAACAUGUGGGGACCCACAAGUUGAGAACCACUGCACUAAGGGGACGAUGGAAGUCCAGAAGAUUUCUUGGAAUCUUGUGUUUAUGAUUUAUGCUUGAUAUAUCUCUGUGAAAUUUUAAUUUGAGAAACAAAAUAAAUAUUAUUAUUUUUAAAGAAAACCAAUGCUCUAGCCAACCGAGCUAUCCAGGUAUGUGUCAAUCCUCUCGUGUUUAAUUUGCUGUCCUGUUUUUUUCUUUCCCUCCUCCUUGCAGAGCAAUGAGCCCUUAGUUAGACCUUCAGCCUUUAAGCCCGUAGUCCCUAAAAACUUCCAUUCCAUGCAGAACCUGUGCCCGCCGCAGAACAACGGCAUCUCGGAGACCCGGAAGACCUUGAACCACACCAACAGCAAUAGCCCUUCCACGGUCAAAAGUGGGAUGGAGAAGGCCAGCCAUAACAGGACUACCAACCAGACGGGCGGCCUCUCUGAUUCCGGGCGGAACUCUUUGACCAGCCUGCCCACCUACGGCACAGGCUACAGCCAGCACAUCGGGCCCAUGAGCGCCUCAACCAGCCACAUAAACCGCAUCGGGACCACCUACGUGGACAAGAACAUUGUGGGCUACAAUGGGAUAUCUACCUCAGACAGCGGCCGGUCUUCCAGCAAGAGCACGUCUUCGUUCAGCCGGCUCAACCACCUCAACGAGACGAUGCCCUUCCACUCGCCCUCAACGGACGACAUCAUCCAGGACUUGGAGGACCGGCUGUGGGAGAAGGAGCAGGAGGUCCUUCAGAUGAGGAGGAACCUCGACAAGAGCGAAGCAGCCAUCUACCAGGUCUUUGAGGAGAAGCAGAAGAUCUGGGAGCGCGAGAUGGAGGACCUGCGGCAGAAUUACGCCAACAAGCUGCAGCAGGUGUCCAAGAAGGCUCAGAGGGCGCAGCAGGCUCUGCAGCUGCAGAUCUUCAAGCUCCAGCAGGAGAAGAAGAAGCUCCAGGACGACGUGGGGCAGCUCCUCCAGCAGCGGGAAGAGCUGGAGAAGAAAUUCGUGGCUUUCAAGAAGGAGCAGGCCGAGUUCCUUCCCAAGAUCGAGGAGACCAAGUGGGAGGUGAGAGGCAGGUGUGGUCUCUGUCACGGUCAGCCAACAUGGGGGCCUUCAAGAUGAUGAUGAUGAUGAUGAUAAUAAUAAUAAUAAUAAUAAUAAUUUAUUAUUUGUACCCUUCCCAUCUGGCUGGGUUUCCCCAGCCACUCUGGGCGGCUUCCAACAAAGAUUAAAAAUACAUCAAAAUGUCACACAUUAAAAAAAUUCCUGAACAGGGCUGCCUUCAGAUGUCUUCUAAAUGUCAGGUAGUUGUUGUUCUCUUUGACAUCUGGUGGGAGGGCGUUCCACAAGGCGGGUGCCACCACCGAGAAGGCCCUCUGCCUGGUUCCCUGUAGCUUUGCUUUUCCCAGUGAGGGAACCGCCAGAAGGCCCUCAACACUGGACCUCAGUGUCCGGGUUGAACGAUGGAGAUGGAGACGCUCCUUCAGGUCUACUGGGCCAAGGCCAUUUAGGGCUUUAAAGGUCAACACCAACAAGUUGAAUUGUGCUCGGAAAUGUACUGGGAGCCAUGUAGGUCUUUCAAGAGGUUGUUGGUCUGAGGAGGGGGUGUAAUCUAGAAACGUCCUGAAGGCCCACAUUAUGUGUGAGCGACCUUUGACCCUUCAGAUGUUGCAGAGCUACAACUCCGAUGGGAUUUGUUGGUCAGCAAUAUUUGGAGUGCCAGAGGUUGUGGUGGUGGUGGUUUUACUUUUAUUUAUAUUUAUUCAUUUGUAUUUUACUAUAGUGGUACCUUGGUUCUCGAACUUAAUCCAUUCCGGGAGUCCGUUCGACUCCCAAAACCAUUUGAAAACCAAGGCACGGCUUCCGAUUGGCUGCAGGUGCUUCCUUCACUCAGUCAGAAGCCACGUCAGAUGUUCGGCUUCCGAAAAACGUUUGCAAACUGGAACACUUACUUCCAAGUUUGGGGCGUUCGGGAGCCGAUUUACAGUGGUGCCCCGCAAGACGAAUGCCUCGCAAGACGGAAAACCCGCUAGACGAAAGGGUUUUCCGUUUUGGAGGUGCUUCGCAAAACGAAUUUCCUAUGGGCUUGCUUCGCAAGACGAAAAUGUCUUGCGAGUUCCUGCGGGGUCCCCCCCCCCUUUUCCCAAGCCGCUAAGCCGCUUAUCAGCUGAUCCUAAGCCGCUAAGCCGCUUAACAGCUGAUCCGCUAAGCCGCUUAUCAGCUGAUCUGCUAAGCCGCUUAACAGCUGAUCCGCUAAGCCGCUUAUCAGCUGAUCCGCUAAGCCGCUUAACAGCUGAUCCGCUAAGCCGCUUAUCAGCUGAUUCUCUAAGCCGCUAAGCCGCUUAUCAGCUGAUUCUCUAAGCCGCUAAGCCGCUUAUCAGCUGAUCCGCUAAGCCCGCUAAGCCGCUAAUAGCGCUAAUCCGCUAAGCUGCUAAUGGGCUUGCUUCGCAAGAUGAAAAAACCGCAAGACAAAGAGACUCGCGGAACGGAUUCUUUUCGUCUUGCGAGGCACCGCUGUAUUCGGGAGCCAAGCUGUUCGAGUACCAAACAGUACUGUAUUAGUAUAUAAAGCCCCUAAGUGCUGGCAACCAAUUUACUUAUGGGAUUGACUUGCCUCUUUCCAUGCCUGUUAGAUCAUUUCACUCUGCCAAACUAGCAUUCCUACAAGUGCCACAUUACGUCCACUACACAUUUGCAAGGAGCUUUUCCUUCACGUGUGCUGUGGAACUCCCUGCCCCUUGAUGUUAGGUAGGUGCCCUUCUGGAUUGUUUUAGAUGCCUCCUGAAAACAUUUCUGUUCCAGCAAGUCUGUCCAGUCCCCUGAUUUAGUUACUUAUAUUUGUUGUAAAGACUUGCUAGUUUUAUCUUUUCAUAGUGGUGAGGUUGGUGAUGAUUCUAUGCCUAUUUGUUUCUACGUGGUUCAUGGGUUUUAGCUAUGUUUUCAACAUUCUAUUGGAUAAUUUCUUUCAAUCCUGCGGUUUAUUAUCUAAAGAAACAAAUUAAACUCAGGCACCCAAAUCUUAGGGCACUUCGACUUUCAUCAGUGUUUUGGGGUUGGAUUCCAUUACAUACUGGUAAAUUCAGGUUGUAAAAUUAUAGUGGAUUGGGAGGUCUUGUGCAGCAAUCUGGACUUUUCGUGAUAAGGAAGGGGGGUGAGGCACAGGAAAGUGUGAGAUAAUAACACUUGCUUUGAUGCAAUCUCAUCUAACCUCCCUGCAAGCAAAUUGGAAUGAAUGCACGUUAAAUAGCCAAUGGUGUCUAAUCUCCCUGCAAGCAAAUCUGGGUGCAGCCUCAUUAAACUGGUCAUCUGGAAGCACCCCUUAACAUUACAAGGUUCUUACAAAAACACUGUUGUGCUGCCACCAAAACGCAACUUGCAGAAUUGACUCUCUGCAGACAGCAGGCUUGGUUAAAAAGUCUGCAAGCUGCUGUUUGAGAUCAACUCAGGGUGAUCACAGAAUGCAGAUUCCUUCAGGUUUUGUGCUUCAGGAGACAGUGGGGAGGAGUAUCAAGCAGCUUGAAAAGGUAAAGGGACCCCUGAGCAUUAGGUCCAGUCGUGGCCGACUCAGGGGUUGCUGCGCUCAUCUUGCUUUAUUGGCCGAGGCAGCCGGCGUACAGCUUCCGGGUCAUGUGGCCAGCAUGACUAAGCCGCUUCUGGCGAACCAGAGCAGCGCACGGAAAUGCCUUUUAUCUUCCUGCCAGAGCGGUACCUAUUUAUCUACUUGCACUUUGACGUGCUUUUGAACUGCUAGGUUGACAGGAGCAGGGACCGAGCAACGGGAGCUCAACCCAUCGUGGGGAUUCGAACCGCCGACCUUCUGAUUGGCAAGUCCUAGGCUCUGUGGUUUAACCCACAGUGCCACCCGCAUCCAUCAAGCAGCUUAGUCUUGGUCUAUAAUGUUGUCUCUUUUGAGUUGUGCCCUGUCUGGACUAGCAGGAAACCAGCACAAUGAACCAUGCUCUUUUGUCGGCCGGGUUGUGGCUUAGGUGUUCCAUACACCCUUUGGAGAGAAAUGAGAUGGAAGAGCUUGUGAGUCUCCACGGGCCUUUUAAAAGCAUCAGAGUGCGCCUGAGCAAACAUGCCUGACCCCCCAAAAAGACUCCCUCUGAAAAGCACUUAAGAGAGACUGUGUUAACUGUACCCUUUUAUGUUGGCCCAACUUAACUGGAAAUACUGUUCUUCCUCAGACUCAUAGCUGUCAACCUUCCCUUUUUUGGCGGGAAAUUCCCUUAUUCCAGCGCCGUUUCCCACUGCUUCCUGCUGCUAUCCCGGAUUGUUAGAUAUCCCAUAGACUGUCCCUGGGACACGUGAGGCUGCUGAUCCCUUAUUUUCAAAUCUGAAAGUUGACAGCUAUGCUCAGACUUAGGUGCUCACCUCUGCAAAAAAGGCCUCCAUUCUGUAACAAGUAGGCCAACGUUAACCCCGGUGUCCCAAGAGCAACCUUCCCUAAUUUGGAGUCUUCCAAAUGUUUUGGAUUACAACUCCCAUGAGUGCCUGCCAACAUGGCAGGGCUGAUGUGAGUUCUAGUUCAAGGUCUCUGGAAGGUAGCAGACUGGUGAAGGCUGUUCUGGACGCUUCAGUCAAAGCUAUUGCCUUAGUAUGGAACCUUGAGGAGGUGCCAAUGGCAAACCAAGAGUCCUCAAGGUUGUGGCUACACCACAGGUGGGUAUCAGUGACCAGGAACUCAAUCACCAGCCAAGAGACACAUCCUUCUCUUUGAUGGCAUGAGCACAGGUGAGUUGCAUGUGCCAUCUGCCAGGGAUUCUUUAAUAAUAAUAAUAAUAAUAAUAAUAAUAAUAAUAAUUUAUUAUUUAUACCCCACCCAUCUGCCUGGAUUUCCCCAGCCAUUCUGGGCGGCUCAACAGAAUAUUAAAAACACGAUAAAACAUCAAACAUUAAAAAAAUUCCCAAUACAGGGCUGCUUUCGGAUGUCUUCUAAAAAGUCAGAUAGUUGACAUCUGAUGGGAGGGCGUUCUACAGGGCGGGCGCCACCACCGAGAAGGCCCUCUGUCUGGUUCCCUGUAACUUGGCUUCUCGGAGUGAGGGAACUGCCAGAAGGCCCUCGGCGCUGGACCUCAGUGUCUGGGCUGAAUGAUGGGGGUGGAGACGCUCCUUCAGGUCUACUGGGCCGAGGCCGUUGAGGGCUUUAAAGGUCAGCACCAACACCUUGAAUUGUGCUCAGAAACAUACUGGGGACCAAUGAAGGUUUUUCAGGACUGGUGUUAUGUGGUCUCGGCAGCUGCUCCCAGUCACCAGUCUAGCUGCCGCAUUCUGGAUUCUGGAUUAGUUGUAGUUUCCGAGUCACCUUCAAAGGUAGCCCCACGUUCAGCGCAUUGCAGUAGUCCAGGCGGGAGAUAACCAGAGCAUGCACCACUCUGGCAAGACAGUGGUUUCUGCAUUGCAGGAGGUUGGAUUACUGCUAGGGCCCAAACUCUUCAUUUCUGUAAGUCUGUAAAUUUCCAGCAGGGGUACCAUUAGGCUACCUUGCUGUCAAGACAUAGACGGGAGUUUGCCAUUUAGGCUGUGUUUCCCCAUUCUCUCAUUAUUCCCUCACUGUGCUAUUUUAUCCUACCCUGAUGCUGUCCUCCCACUUCUUGAAGCCAAUGGAAGCUUGAAGGAGUGGCAGAGUGGAGUUUUGGUGGAAAUCAAGGUCAGUCGAGACUCUUAGCUAAUAAUAAUAAUAAUAAUAAUAAUAAUAAUAAUAAUAAUUUUUUUAUAUCCCACCCUGCCCAGCCGAAGCCAGGCUCAGAGCUGCUAACAACAGUAAAAGUAACACAGUUUACAUAAAAUCACAAUCAAUUAAUUAAAAUAACAUUCUAAAAUCAAUUCAUUCUAAAAUCAAUUCAGAAUCAAAUUAAAGGCAACCAUUGGGCUAGAGUGCUAUGAGGAUUACAGAAGGAGAGAGUGGGUCAGACUGCGCCUUGGCCAAAGGCCUGGUGGUCUUGCAAGCCCUGCGGAAAGAUGUCAAGUCCUGCAGGGCCCUAGUCUCUUGUGACAGAGCGUUCCACCAGAUCGGAGCCACGGCCGAAAAAGCCCUGGCUCUGGUUGAGGCCAGCCUAACCUCCCUGUGGCCCGGGAUCUCCAAGAUGUUUUUGUUUGAAGAUCGUAAGGUCCUCUGUGGGACAUACCAGGAGAGGCGGUCCCGUAGGUACGAGGGUCCUAGGCCGUAUACUUCACAUAUAACUUUCACAAUGAGGGCGUGUGCAUUGGAGCCCCUCUCUGCUUAUUGGAACAGUCCUUGUUUAUCGCCCUGGGGAUCAUGCAUAGAGGUUCAAGCUACAUUUUCUGCUGCAAACUCUCAGCCGUUCUGUCUCUCAGAGCUGGCUCAUAAUCUUCCCAUCCUAAUGAGGAUGCCUCUAUUUGAACAACUAUUGGUUUGUGUUGGAAGGCUGGAGGAAGGCAACCAGUUUCGUCUACCAACAGCCACUACAGGUAGACGGGUGCAGAAUACUCCAGGGACGGGCUUGCAGGGAGAGCAGCUUCAUCCUUGGCAAAAACAGGAGCAGUCCUUAAAAUUGCUAUACAUCAUUUAGUCUGACACCCUUAGGGCAAAGAAAGGUCUCUCCUCCCCUUCUUUCCUCUGAGAGUUCUGUGAGCUCCUCCAGCCUGACUGCCUGUGGUAGCUGUUACUAGAUGAGAAUUCAAAGCUCCAACACAAAGAGAGCUGGAUGUUUAACUAGGCCUGGGAGGUGAGAGUUGUUGGUUUCUGCAGCAAUAGGUGUGGUUAGCAUUUAGCAAAGGGGCGGGGGAGGGAAUUUGAUUUAGUUCAGAUUUAAAGGUGAACCAACCUUAUCUGCAUUUUCCAAAACAAUGCACAUUUUUAAAAAAAGGCUCUCGUAUGAAAUGUGCAUUCAUUUGAAUUUUGCAAUGCGUUUCCCCAGCUUAGUAAUGUUCAAGUAAGCUAGCAUAAAACAUGUGUUAUGCAAUCUCCUUUGCAAAAAUGUGCAUAUUAGUGAAAACGGCAUGCCUUAGAAGAAAUCUGCAUUAGGGAGCUGAUGAAUUUUCACGAGGACUUAAAAAUAAAUAGGUCACUAGCUGAAAUGAAAAUGUGGGAAACGGAAGUUACCAGUGGAAAAAAUGAGAAACUGAGCAAUCGCAAGAUUGAUAGAUGUGUCCGUCUCUAACGGCAUUUCUGCGUGUGGAGGGCCUGGGUAAAGUACAUUGGGCAGGAGCGCUGUGGCGCCUUGUGCUUUUCAUUCUGUGGGGCUGGUGCAGCCGCUUAAAGUAGACCUUAACAUUUAAAGCAGUGCUAUACCACUUUCACAAAUCAAUGGCUUCCCCCAGAGAAUCCUGGGAACUGUAGUUUGUUGGGGGUGCUGUUAGGAGAUCCCUAUUCCCUUCCCAGAGCUACAAUUCCCGGAGUGUUUUAACAAUCAGUCCCUCUUCCCAGGAAACUCUGGCAACUGUAGCUCUGAAGGGGAAUAGGGCGUCUUCUAACAAUUCCCAGCACCCUUAACAGAUGACAGUUCCCAGAAUCCUUUGGGGGGAGCCAUGACUGUUCAGAGUGGUAUGAUAUUGCUUGAAGCAUAGCAUGCGCUAGAGCAAACCCUGUUUGAGUUGUCUCAUGACAAGGCCUCUCUUCCAGGUGUGCCAAAAGGCUGGUGAGAUCUCUCUGCUGAAGCAGCAGCUGAAGGACUCCCAGUCCGACGUCUCCCAGAAGCUCAACGAGAUCGUCGGGUUGCGGACCCAGCUGAAGGAAGGCAAGAGCUUCCUCAGGGAGAAGGAGGAGCAGAUCCUGACCUUGAAAGACUCCUACAGCACCAAGAGCGUCAGCCUGGAGAUCUCCGAGGGCGAACUGCAGCGGAAGAUGGGCGAGGUGCAGAUGUUGAGGGAGAAACUUGACCAGUGUGAGCUGGAGGUCUCCAACCUGAAGCAGACCCUCACCAGCCUAGGCAGUGCCCAUGGCCACUUUGGUGCCGAGCUCGCGGAGAAGCUGGCGAGGGACCCUUUGGCUUGCCAGAGCGACGAGGCCAAGAUGAAGCGGCAGAGCGAGGAGAACGUCAACGCGCUGAAGAAGGAGGUGGAGCGGCUGCAGGCGGAGCUGAAGGCCGAGAGGCAGCAGCGGGAGCAGCAGGUCCUGGACUUUGAGGAGGAGCGGCGCACCUGGCAGGAGGAGAAGGAGAAGGUCAUCAAGUACCAGAAGCAGCUGCAGCUGAAUUACGUGGAGAUGUACCAGAAGAACCAAAUCCUCGAGCACAAAGUCAGCGAAAUGACCAGCAAGGUCACCAGCCCGCCACACACCGACGAGAAGAAAACAUGGACUCCUUCCAGGUUGGAGAGGAUAGAGUCCACAGAGAUCUGAGGAAAGGACUUGAGGCGUUCAAAGUACGUUGUCCCCCCCCCAACCCCACCUCCCCAAAUUACUGUGCAUGUACUUCAGCCGGUGAUCUUCCCGAGGAGAAAUAAUAUGCUAUAUAACCAGCAGUGUAAGUUCGUCUGCCCUGGGCAUCUCCCACAAUGCUCUGGUGCUUUGCAGGUGAUAAAGGAAAAAUAGAGACAGGUGUAUCUUCUGUGUUUCUAGGGAUGAACUGACAUCAGGAGUAUUGUGGGGUGGAUUGAGUGUGCGUAUGUGGGGAGGGGUCAGGGGUGCAGUCUUGCACCCAAGAUUGGGGGGCCAGCGUGCGUCGCAUUGUGUGAUGUCAUGCUUGGGACGCGCGUCGCAUGCGUGACAUCGUACGUGUGUCACUUGCAUGUGAUGUCAUCGCACAUUGGCGGGAGGAAGUCGAGUG